UACAAAAAUCUCGUAAUCUUUCUUCCCCAAAUGCGGAAACCGUUCAUUAUUAGUGUUAAACCCUAGGUUUAAUUUCUGGUUAAUUCGCAAGAAUGGAGUCACGUCGGCUGCUCCAUGGCUUGCCUCCACAAAACCCAGAUGGCAAAAACCAAACUUGUGCUAAGCAAAGACACGAACACAUUAUGGGCAAGCUUAAAGACUCCAUUUUCACAACCCUAACGGGCUCUAACCCAUCAGGAACCCUAACUCAGGAGGCCAAGUCAUACAUUGAAAACAAAUUACAUGUAAUGUUUCAAAAUUUUGACACUCCCACUCACCCUCCCUACGCCUCGAUGAUUCGAACGGCAAUUAUAGAGUUGAAUGAGGAAGCGGGGUCGAGUGAGGAGUCAAUCUCAGGGUUUAUUGAGAAAGAAUUUGAGGGCUUGCCUUGUGGGCAUGUGGCUUUUUUGAGUCAUCAUUUGAGGAGGCUUUGUGAGAGUGGGGAAAUUGUGCGUAAAAAUGAUGGACGGUACAUGAUUGGUGUUGGUUAUGGUGAUAUUGAGGAUGAGAAAGAAAUGGGAGAGAGGACGAAUAUAAGACAAAUGGAAGAUCAAUUAGUAAGUAUUCCAAAUGCUUCUGAAACUUGUUUGACAGAACAGAAACUUGAAGAAGAUUGUCAAGAUUGUCAAGCUGAAAGGCAAGAACUUGAAAUAAUUGAUGAUUACAGCAAAGUAAAGGAGAAGCAAAUUGUAGUUUUUGAGGAACAGCAACAGCAUGCAGUUGAAAAAUGUGAAGUUGAAGAACAAAGUGAAACAUUAAGAGAGGGCAUUGAAGCUACUGAACAACAAAUAGAGGUUCUGUAUCGUACAGAGGGGCCAAGUGUGGAGUUGAAUGAUGAAGAGAAAAACUGUCCACAAAAUCAACUACAUGAGGUGAUUGAAGAAACAAAUCAUUUGCAAAAACUUCAGAUUGAAGUGUGUGAAGAAUAUACAUCAGUGCACGGGCAGCAAAAUAGAGUGAUUGAAGAAAAAAAUAUGUUUCAAGAGCAACAGACACAGCUUCUGUAUCUUACACAGGGGCCAAGUGAGGAGUUAAGUGAUGAAGACAAAUUGUCCCAAAAUCAACAACAUAGGUGA